AUGGUCCUUCGCAAGUUCAACAAGAAUACUGUGGGAGAUGUUGCUCAGAACUAUAUUUCUGCCAAGGAUAAUUAUCAAGCUGCUCAAUUAUCUCUUCAAAGCAACCCUCACUCGGCAGAGUUGCAAAGAGAGGAAAUGUUAGCAGGUAAAAUUUUUGCUUAUUAUGCUAGAACAUAUGAAAAUUUUCUUAGGCAGAAAAGCAAAGUUAAUUGGAUUCGGUACGGGGAUGAUAACACGACUUACUUUUAUGCCUGUUUAAAGCAAAUAAGAGCUGCUAAUUGUAUCACUCCAGUUGUUGCUGAAUCUGGCCAGCUAAUUGAGAGGUUUGAUGAUGUUGUGGCUCACUUUCGAAAAAUUAUGGGAAGCCCAAGUAAUGCUUCGGUGCCUAUUCAGCAAUCUUGUUUCAAACUUGGCCACAGAUUGAGAUUGGACCAACAGAUCGGAUUGGCGAAGGUGCUUCCUAGUCUAAUUAAUCAAAAUCAAGGAGUGUUUGUUAAAAACAGAUUGUUGGCGCAUAAUAUUCUUAUUCUUCAGGAUAUUAUUAAGGGAUAUAAAAGGAAAAAUAUUUCUCCUAGAUGUGUGAUGAACAUAGACUUGAGUAAAGCCUAUGACAUGUUGGAUUGGCACUUUUUUGGAGGACAUCCUCAUUGCGUUCUGUUUUCCAGCCAAGUUUAUCAAGUGGGUGAUGACUUGUUUGAAGGACCCUUCUUAUUUGAUCCUAAUGAAUGGCUGUUAUGUCAAGCUUCCAUGAACAAGAGUUUUAGGUAUCAUCCUAAAUGUAAGCCUCUGAAGAUUGUUAAUCUUUGCUUUGCCGAUGACUUGGUCUUAUUUUGCAAGGGAGUCUCCAACCCAGUUCAGAUUUUGAAGGAUCAUUUCACUGAAUUUUGCUUGGCGUAUGGUCUAUCUGCCAAUAUGGAGAAAUCACAGGUCUAUUUUGGGGGUUUGGCAGAUAGAGAGGUUCAUCAACUGUUAGACAAGCUCCGUUUUUCCGAAGGGUGUUUUCCUUUAAAAUAUCUGGGAGUUCCUCUUCGGACUACAAAAUGGAAGGCUGGAGAUUGUGCUAUCAUCAUUAAAAAGAUACAGUUGAAACUUCACAUAUGGGCUAGUCGUCAUCUCUCUUUUGCUGGGAGGGCUCAAUUGAUUAACUCUGUGCUGCUGAGUAUCAGUAAAAUGCAUCUUACUGCCUGGGAUCAAGUUUGCCUGCCAAUGUGCAUGGGUGGUCUUGGCUUUAAGGAGGGACUCAACUGGAACAAAGUGCUCCUUGCUAAAUUUGUUUGGGCUGUUUCAUUUAAGCAAGACAUUCUUUGGGUGAAAUGGGUUGAUUCCAUUUAUCUGAAGGGUCAGGAUUUCUGGGCCUAUAAAAUUCCACAAGAUGUGAGCUGGUAUUGGAAGAAAAUUGUCAAUCUAAGAGCUGUUUUUCCUUCUAAAAAUCUAGAAGAAGCAGUCAAAAAUAACAAGAUUUGCUUGAGAGAUUUAUAUAAUAGGUUACUCAAUAAAGAUAGAGUAACUUUUGCUAAUGUGGUCUGGUGUUCCCUGACUUUGCCUAAACAUAGGUUCAUCUUGUGGCAAGCAACUCUUGGUCAUCUUCUCACUCGUGACAAAUUACACUACUACGAGAUGAAGUUGUCUUCAUUACUCUGCCCAGUUUGUGAAGAAGAGCAGGAAUCUCAUUCCCAUCUCUUUUUUGCUUGUCCUUUCUCUCAUCAGGUAAAAGCUAAACUGGAGGACUGGCUGGGAAGGGAUUUGUGGCCGAGCAUGUAUGAUAACUGGUGCUCUUGGAUGGUUGGUAAGCCUAAGGGCCUGAAGCAGCAGAUUGUUGGUGCAACUAUAGCAGCGACUGUUUAUAUGGUUUGGAGGAAUAGAAACAACUGUAUCUUUGAGCUUAGCUCUCUGUCUGUUGGCUAUGUUGUUCAGAUGAUCAAGUAUUAUUUGUGA